AUGGCCAAACGCUUCCGUCUCCGGCUAUCCCGCGUUAUCCCCUCUUUCCAGAGCUGCCGCUCUAAAGAUGACGCUGGCGUCACAGUUACCAACGCAGCCUUCCGUCUCUGCCCCGUUAACCGGAAAGCCUUUGACAUCGACUUCCCUCCGCCGCCAACGCCCGGCCCCUCUCCGUCCUUCCUCCGCCGCCCCCACCCCCCGGUCGUCUCCGGCCUCGCUUGCGGCUGCCUCCCCUCCCGCCGCGGCUGCCAUUUCUUCCCCGCCGACGACGGGGAGACCCCGCCGUACCUCUGGCGGAAGGAGGAGAAGUGGCCCGUCGUUGCCUAUGCCGACGGCGACGCUGGUGACCGUUACGAUUUCCCUUCCUCCCCCCGCCGGAAGAUCGACUCCGACGACGGCUGCGACAUCCUCUUGCCGGCGGCGAUGGCCAAGGCGAGGCGGAGGGAGGCGAAGCUCCGCCGCAGGAGGCGUCGGGGAGAGACGAAAAGAUCAUCGCGAUCCCGAGCGCGGGUGAGCACCUCCUCGGCCGUGAGCGGGUGGUUCAGCAGCGAGGGGGACGGGGAGAACGACGAGCGGGAGGGCGAUUUUUUCGACGAGGAGGAAGACGACGGCGAGACGGAGAAGCUGGUCUCGUCGACGGACUGCUCGUCGCAUAACGUGCUCCAGCGGAGAAGGAUUACGAGGCGGCGGAGGAGGCGGUUGGUAAAGUGCUACCCGUCGCCGGAGAGAACUGCAGCAGCGGUACUGCGGAGCCUGGUGCCUUGCGGGGCGGCUGCGACGGCGGCGGCGGAGGGGAAGGUUAGAGAGAGCUUCGCGGUGGUGAAGCGGUCGGAGGACCCGCGGGCGGACUUCCGGCGGUCGAUGGCGGAGAUGGUGGUGGAAAAGGAGAUUUACGAUGCCGGCGACCUGGAGCAGCUGCUGCUCUGCUUCCUGUCGCUCAACUCGCGGCACCACCACAGGGCCAUCGUCGCGGCCUUCUCGGAUAUCUGGGAGGCGCUCUUCCCCGUCACCGCCACUGCCGCCGCUGCCCCGGCUGUUUCUAAAAAUUAG